AGUAUUCCUCCUUUCUUUGUCCACUAUCAUUAUUCUCUGCCUAAUCCCAAUUAAUCACUUAAUUCAGUCUUCUUUUAUCCAAAGGAACGCUUUUCCCUUGAGAAGGGUUUUGGAGAUCUGUUUUGAAGAGAACAAAAGGAGAAGAAGGGGUUUUGGGUGCAUAAUAGUAACAUGAUGGAAACCACAGCAUCAGCUAAGUGGUUACCUGAACUGGAAACCGAGGAUAUUCCAAUAAUUCCAGUAUUCACAAAUUACUAUCCGAUGAACUCGUACCUUGGUGAAUACUCGCUCGAUGAUCUCGACUUCCAUUCAUUUUCGUCAGAGAAUUACUCAUUGAAUCACAAAGCAGUACCCAACUUCAGCGCUUCAUCUGUUGAAACCUGUCAAGUAGUCACCGAGAGGCCAACAAAGCAGCUCAGGACGAUGUCCUCGUCUAGCUCCUCGUCCCAAAUCAUAUCUUUUGGGAACUCAGGCUCUCCUCCAAUUAAAACCAAGUCUGAAAAGUUUUAUGGAGCGGACGGCACUGGCCAGGCAGUGAAGCCGAAGACUGAGACUAUUUCCUCGGACGGGAACUUGAGUUUCCAAUCUCACCUAAUUUCUCAAGGUGACUCCUAUCAGAUCGGAGAAAACAUUGAAGCCAUUUCCGGUCAAGGAAAAUACAGUAAUAAGAGGGCACAUGCUUCCAUGAGCCGGGCGCCUCUACAUGGUCAAGAUCAUGUGAUGGCAGAGCGAAAGCGCCGGGAGAAGCUCAGCCAGCAUUUCGUUGCUCUCUCUGCAGUCGUUCCCGGCCUCAAGAAGAUGGACAAGGCUUCCGUGCUAGGAGAAGCAGCCAAGUACGUGAAAGAACUUCAGGAACGCUUAAAGAAACUUGAGGAAGAAGCGUUGAGGAAAACUGUGGAAUCUGUAGUUCUCGUGAGAAAAUCUCAAGUCACAACCGAUGAUGACAGCUCUUCAUCAGACGAGAAUUCCUGCAACCAAUCUGACCAAGAGUUGCCCGAGAUCGAAGCCCGUGUUUCUGGAAAGCAUAUUCUUAUCAGGGUUCAUUGUGAGAGACGCCAUGGUUACAUCUCCAAAAUAGUAAACCUAAUAGAGAAGCUAAACCUGAGUGUCAUUAGCAACAGCGUCAUCCCAUUCGGCAGCUCUAUACUCGAUAUCACUAUCGUGGCUCAGAUGGAUGGCAACUUCUCUGUGACGAUUGAGGAUCUUGUCAGAAACCUCCGCCGGGAUCUCUUGAAUCUCAUCUGAAAGCAGUUCCCCCAGAGUAUACUUGAUUGUUGAUCCACAAAUAAUCGAACACCUAGUUUUCUUUACAUAGUUCUUCCCUCUAGUUUCGUGGUCGUUGUUGGGGAGAACUUCCUGUAUACCCAUUACACAGAAUACCCUCUCCUCUCUUUGGCUUAAUUUUCGAAGGUUGAGUUUCCAUUUUGCAUGUCGGUUUUUCUUUUCCAUCUGGCUCAUCCCCUUUUUUUCGCGUGGUUGACUCGUUGACCAUGUGUUGUAAAUUAACCCACCUGCUGUAUUUGAAACUCAAUUACUUCUUUAAUUGGUUUUUGGAGGUUUGGUGAAUUUUUUGAAGAGGUCCGACAUUUGAAAACAAUUAGGCCUCUUUUAUGUCUUCCCUUUAUCCUGUUGAUCAGAUUAUUACAGUGUGGUCGUCCAAAGUUGUUGGUCAUUGUGAGAUAAACGGGCACAUGUUUUGUUCCCGGCCCGACGUUUGGAUCAGUGUAUUAAUUCUUAUCCAUUUUUCACUUACAAUAUUAUGUAUCGUACUUGAUUUAUAGUUAUACAUACUACAGUGGUCCUCGUGU